AUGUUCCGUGCCGGCGCCAAGUACGUGAAGUGCUGUGAAGUCAGCCAGAAGCUCAAGAGCGAACAACUCAAGCCGGAUAUUAGGACCACUUCGGAUUACCAGUCUGACAAUACGGUCAAUGUUAGAGCUAGCAAAAUCUUUGAAAACCUAAUGAACCAAUUGGCAGAUCCAUAUUUUCAUAAGCUACAGAAGAUAGACAUGCUCAUUGGAGCUGAUACGUUCUUUGAAAUUCUCUCUGCCAUUCAGAUUAAGGAAGGUCCGAUUGUGCAAAAUACUCUUGUUGGCUGGAUUGCCUCGGGGCGUUACACGCCGAAAUGUCGUGAGAAGACUCAUGCUGUCAAUCUGAGUUGGCAAGAAGAGUCUUAUACCUCGAUAGACAAAACGUUGCAGAAAUUUUGGUCAUUGGAAGAGUUGCCUUCAGCCAAAAAGGUCCGAACAGUUGAACAGCAGUUAUGUGAGAGCCACUUUCAAGAUAAUUUGGAAAUACUGCCGUCAGGUAGAUUUAAAGUAAGACUGCCGUUUAAAUCAGAUCCCAAUCAGCUUGGUAACUCCUUUGAGGUUUCUAAGCGUCGUUUUUGUCGCUUGAAAGACGCUGGUCUCGAGAUCCUGAAGUUAAGCGUAUGUACGGAUUUCAUGGAGGAAUAUUUAACGUUGCGUCAAAUGUCUGAAAUAGAUGAUCAGACUCCAAGUACUCCAGACUACUUUAUACCGCAUCAGUGUGUUUUAAGACCACAAAGCACAUCGUCGAAGUAA